ACUUACACAAGAACGUCACUCCGUCGCAAUGCCGCCGUGUAUCUCCGAUUUCUUGUCGGUCUUCCAAAAUUCCGAUUUCCACUCGAGAGAUUCUCGAUCAGUCCAGUCAAAUCUCAAAGCUCUUCUUCGUUAACCGUCCACUUGUUGUUUUAUACGAUCAUAAUUUAUCGUUUUCUAGUCUUUACUUCUCUUCGACUUCACGUUUUUCGCUUUUCACCGGCUGCCGCGAGCUUCCGGCAGCGUCUGUAUAUGAACUUGGACGACGCUUUUUCCUACUACUUCCGGCUGCUGUUGCUACUUUUUUCUCGCAUAAUUUCAUCCAGUGUAUCCAGGCAAUGUACUUUGAUGGUGAUGGCCCGCUAGUGCUGGUGGCUUUCUAAGCCUACGCUGUCUUUUCCGAAAAAUUUGCAGCAAUUGUGCAUCUGCCUCUUUCUCUUGCGUACAUGACUUUCUCAGUCACCGACGCUUCCGAUCCGAGUAAGGGACUUCAAUGGCUGGCUUCGGUCUUUUCUGGCAUUGUUUUCUGCAAGAUUGUUUACACGUUAACAGGCAUCCUUAGCCUCCAAAGUUUCAAAGCAUAUGGCAAGUUAAGCGAUUUUGGGAAGGUUGAAUGGAACAAUAGGGGCUUUUCAACUUUCCACGCCCUAGUUGCAGCAUCUUCUUCUCUUUAUCUUGUACUGUUGUCAAGUACUUUCAAUCCAGGUUCCAGUAAUGAACUUCUUAUAAGAAGAACGUCCUCUUUAUCUGAUAUGACAUUGGGGUUCUCUAUUGGCUAUUUUCUAUCAGAUUUAGCAAUGGUCCUUUGGUUCUUCCCGGCUUUAGGUGGUCUAGAGUAUGUUCUGCAUCAUGGACUGUCGCUGUUCUCAAUCAUUCAAUCCCUCCUAAGUGGUCAAGGACAGGUUUACAUACUAAUGGUUCUUUUCACAGAGAUCACCACUCCGUUCGUAAAUCUUAGAUGGUACUUGGACAAUGCUGGCCAGAAGAACUCAAAUCUCUACGUCAUUAAUGGAAUUGCGCUGUUUUUUGGGUGGUUGGUUGCCAGGAUUGUCUUAUUUAUAUAUUUUUUCGGCCACAUGUUUAAACAUUUUGAUGAGGUGAAGAGUGUGUAUCCUUUGGGCUUCUACACCUUGCUGGCGGUGCCUCCUAUGCUGGCUAUUAUGAACAUAUUCUGGUUUUGGAAGAUCGCCAGAGGAAUGAUUAAAACUCUCAAAAAAGCAAGGCACAGCAAAUGACAGGUCCAUUUUGCUUGAUUCCUUCCUUAUUUGUCUUUGUAAUACGCUAUUUAGUUGCCCACAAUAUAAAAUGUAAAAGAUGUAGUUAAUUUGGUUGUAGAACUCUGCUUCUGCACUGUAAAACAUAAGUAAUCGACAUAGAUACCUAAAAUUAUGUUUAUUAAUACAGACUAAGCAUCAUACUUGUUAUUAAUACGAACUUCGAAAUGUUCUA